ACGACCCAAAAUUUAGAACUCUAGUCACACCUGAUUUUUGUGCAAGACAUGGAAUUUAAUGGCCAAUGGAUAAAAUCGUAACAGCCCGUUAUCUAACUCUAAUUUGAAGAGCCCAAAAUUCAUGUAAAGUUGUGGGCACUUUUACAAGCUAGCCUUAUCUUUCUUGCUCUUCCCGUCUUUUCUCUCUCUUCCUCUGCGCGCUCAAAGACAACAAAAACAAAAAAAAACAAAAAAAAAAAAUUUGCACAAGUUCAAAAGAUGAGCAUAAGUAGCACUUUCAGUCCCACAAUCAAAACUCUUCCUAUCUUCUCCCACACAACAUCAAUCAACUCUCAAUCCCCAUUUCCAGUAUCACUCAUUUUCAAACCAUCCAUAAAUUAUUCACAACUUUCUAUCUCGAGAAGAAUUUUCCUUCCUUCAGUUUCUGGCAUAUGGGAUGCUUUGACUGGUGGCACAAAUAAUAAUUCCCGUGAAGCUGGUCUUGCCAUUCGUCGUGGUAUGCUACUCUUUCGACAGGGUGAUGUAAUGGGGUCUGUUGCUGAAUUUGAUAAAGCAAUUGAGCUUGAUUCGCGUCAAAAGGCAUAUCUUUGGCAAAGAGGAUUGUCUCUUUACUAUUUAGACAGGUUUGAAGAAGGGGCUGAACAAUUCAGGCUAGAUGUUGCCCAGAACCCGAAUGACACUGAGGAGUCAAUUUGGUGCUUCCUUUGUGAAGCUCGGCUUUACGGGGUUGACAAAGCUAGGGAUCAAUUUCUUGAGGUUGGUAGAGAUCCAAGACCGGUGAUGCGUCAAGUGUACGAGAUGUUCAAAGAUGGUGGUGACCCUCGGAAGUUGGUUGAUACAUUCUCAAGCAGCCGAGAUGGCGAAUACUUCUAUGCAUAUCUGUAUGCUGGCCUCUAUCAUGAAGCAUUGGGUGAAGAAGAGGCGGCGAAAAAUUAUUUAGUUGCUGCUUGUCAAUCCCCUUAUGCUGAAAGGUCUGAUGAUUACAUGGCUUCUUUAGCCAAGGUUCAUUGUAAGUGCAGAAACUGGAGUUUUUCUCAGACUUCAACAUGAAAUCUAAAUUCAUCAUAGGGGUUUUCACUUCUCAACAUGUAAGAUUAUGUUUGAAUUAAUCAACUUUAUGAAAUCAAAUGUUACAAUUUGGACAAACUUAUUAACUUUAUGAUAUUAAAUUCAUUUCAGUCAGAUCUGAAUUACAUGGCUUCUCUAGCCAUGGUUCAUUGUAAGUUGCAUAAACUGGAAUUUUUCUCAGAACUUCAACAUGAAAUAUAAAUCCAUCAUAUGCAAGAUUAUGUUUUCAUUAA